CUCUUGCCAUUAUAGCUUGCUUACAACUGGAGUGUCAUCAACAUUAUGGGUUCUAGUUGAUAACCUAUUACCUUGACACAAAAUAUUAACAAUGUCCUGGCUUGCACCAAAGCAGUUAGAGGAUGCGUCCCGUGUGCUGCGCGGGCUGGCGAUGGUCGCUGCCAAAAUGGCAGCCGACAGCAAGCUGGCCCGGCGUGCCGCGGUAUCCGACUACCAAACGGCUCUGCAACAUGCAGCGGAUCUGCUCCAACAACAAGCGGAUGCUGCCCAGCACGCUGCAGCAGCAGCCGCAGCGGAAGCGGCCGCACCUGCAACCUCUUCUUCCGAGGUGACCGCCGCCCCUCCACCUAGCGGCAGUGGCAGCCCGGCCGCUGCGCCCUCAGCAGACGCCUCCACCUCGUCAGCCGCCAUGGCCUCCGCCCCCGCCUCCGUCUUCACCGUUGCUCCCACGUUCGCCUCCCAGGGCUACGCGUUAGCACAGCAGGCGGCAGAGCGGGCUCAGCAGCACUGGGCGGAAGCAGCAGCUGCGACAGGAGCGGGGGCGGAGUCAGCGGUGAUGGCGGCUUUCGGUGACGCCGUUGCUGCCGCCAGCACCCCGCAUGCUGCGCCGCUCGCUGACGUGGCACCAGCCGCAGCUGCAGGACCUGCCGCGGGGGAAGCAGCAGAGGCCGUGCCAAAGCCGCUUACCGCUGCGCAGGAUAUGGCUGCCAGCUCUGCGCCUACCACCACCUCCACCGUCGCCUCGCCACCUAUCACGGAGUCGGCUGUGAGCGCUGCUGCUGCCAGCGAAGCUGCACCGUACUCCACAUCACCCGCCUCCUCCUCUGGCGCGGUGUCCACGGAAGCCGCCGCCGCCGCCAGCACCCCAGCUGAGGCCGCAGCUGCAGCGAGGUCCGAGUCCCCAGCUGCGCCCAGUUACACAGUGGCAGCGGUGGUUGCGGAUGAGGGCGCGUCCGUGGCUCCGGGUGCCAUGUUGCCCUCGGUGCAUGACGAUGUGGUGGUGGCUGCCAUUGCAAACAGCGGCGGCGGCACCACCGGACAGCAGCCACUGCAGCAGGAGCCACUGCAGCAGGGGCAGGGGCAGGGGCGGCCAGGGGAGGCAGCAGCAGCUGCGGAGAUGGGAGAGCAGCAACAGCAGCCGGUGCAGCAGCAGCAGCAGGCGGGGUCAGCGGAGAGCGGCGGCGUUACUGCGGCGCAGGCGCAGCCCUUGCCGCCGCCGCCACCACCUCCUUUGCAAGCGCCGGCUCGGAAGCUCAGGGAGAGAAGGGUGCCCGAGACGCCGCUGGGUCGCGCCCUGGGUUUUGCGGGUCUGGGCGCCUCUCUCAUGAUGGGCAGUCUGGCGGACAACAUCGGGCGGGCGCUGAGGGGCUCCGGAACCCCGGCGGAGGGGGAGCAGCAGCAUGCAGCAGCAGCUGGUGGCGGCAGUGCGCGACGCAGCGGCGGCGGCAGCUCGUUCCUGACGGAGGCGAAUGCCGAGCGGCUGGCGAACGCGCUGUGUCGCAUGCGGGGAGCUGCGCUGAAGAUUGGGCAGAUGUUGUCCAUCCAGGAUGAGAACGUGUUGCCGCCGCAGGUCCAGGCUGCGCUCGAGCGGGUGCGAGCGGGUGCCGACGUGAUGCCUCGUUCGCAGCUGGAGGGGGUGCUGGUUUCAGAGCUGGGAGCCGACUGGGAGCAGCGACUCGCGGAGUUUGACUGGGAGCCGCGAGCGGCGGCGUCCAUUGGGCAGGUGCACACCGGUGUGCUGCCCGACGGGCGGCGAGUAGCCCUCAAGAUCCAGUACCCGGGUGUGGCGCGCUCCAUUGAGAGCGACGUGGACAACCUGAUGCGGCUCAUUGCGGUGGCCAAUGUGCUGCCACGCGGCAUGUACGCGGAGAAUGCGGCAAAGGUGGCCAAGCGCGAGCUAGCGCUGGAGUGUGACUACACCUACGAGCUGGGCUGCCAGCGCCGCUACCGGCAGCUCAUCGCCGCCGACCCGCGCCUGGCGCCGCACUUCCACGUCCCGGAUGUGGUUCCGGAGCUCAGCUCGCCCCGCAUCCUGACCAGCGAGUGGGUCCAGGGGGUGCCCAUUGACAAGGUGUGCGAGCUGUCUCAGGAGGUGCGCGACGCGGUGGGCUCGCGGCUGCUGGAGCUCACCCUGCGCGAGCUGUUCGAGUGGCGCUUCAUGCAGACCGACCCCAACUGGGGCAAUUUCCUGUACGACCCGAAGGCGGACCGCAUCAACCUCAUCGACUUUGGGGCCUCCAAGGACUACCCUGAGGAGUUUGUGUCGGACUAUAUGCGCAUGGUCGCUGCGUGUGCGCAGCGGGACAGGCAGGCGGUCAUCGACAUGUCAACCAAGCUGGGAUUCCUGACGGGUGACGAGUCGGAGAUCAUGAUGGAUGCGCACACGGAGGCCGGGUUCAUCGUCGGGGUGCCCUUCGCGGCACCCGGGCUGUACGACUUUGGAUCCCACGGCGGCAUGACCAGCCGGGUUUCGGAGCUGGGAUCCAUCAUGCUGAAGCACCGGCUGACGCCGCCGCCGCAGGAGGCCUACUCGCUUCACCGCAAGCUGAGCGGCGCCUUCCUGGCGUGCAUGAAGCUGAAGGCGCGGGUACCCUGCCGUGAGAUGUUUUGGCGGACGUACGAAGCCAAGUUCGGACCGUUGAAGGCGCAGCAGCUAUGACAGCAACACGCGUCGUACGAUGCAUGUUCAAUGUGCCUCUGUGAUCCUUCGGUUUUAAAAGCAUGCGGGCGCGGUGUCACAAGGUUGCAGCAGGAUGUAGCAUGCGAGCGGCUGCUGUCGUCGUUAAACGGUGGCGGAAUGACCGUGAGGGGGACGUGUACGCUAGAGUGCGUGUUUACAGAUUUGCGUGUACGGUUAGGUACUGUACCUUCACAGGAACAAAGUACGAUAAAUGAGUGUUACCAGCGGUGG